UAUCAUCAAUUAUCAUCUAUAUUUUGUGUCAUUUGUAAAUGAAUACGAAAGACAAAUUUGUUCCUUUUUUUUAGUCUAAACAAAUUCCCAUAGGACACGUGUACCUAAAAUUAUAUUUCAGUUUCACAAUUUAACGCAUUUAUUACAAGUUUGUCGCGCGCUCUCGUUCCAGGCAUCUUGUCUUGUUGCUUAAAGUGGUUCAAAAUAUAUUUAUAAAAAUCAGCUGCAACUAUGUCCGAAUUCAAGGACUGGUUUAAUAGUGUUCCCUUUUUUACGCGGUAUUGGCUUGCAGCAACAAUAAUAUUGAGUGUAUUGGGAAGAUUCGGAAUUUUCAAUUAUUAUUACUUUAUUCUAGAUUUUAAUCUGAUCUUUUAUAAAUUUCAGAUAUGGCGACCAAUCACUGCAGUGUUCUAUUAUCCAAUCAGCCCAUCAACAGGUUUUCAUUUUCUAAUAAACUGCUACUUCUUGUACAGUUAUUCACAGCGGCUAGAGUCUGGGAUGUUUGCAGGGAAACCAGCUGAUUACUUUUAUAUGCUUUUAUUCAAUUGGCUGUGCUGUGUUUUACUUGGUCUUUUUACAGGAUUGCCAAUAAUUAUGGACCCAAUGGUGUUAUCAGUACUAUAUGUGUGGUGUCAACUAAAUAAGGAUGUGAUUGUAUCUUUCUGGUUUGGGACACGGUUCAAGGCUAUGUAUUUGCCCUGGGUUUUGCUGGCUUUUAAUUUAAUUAUUAGUGGAGGCGGUAUUCUGGACAUAAUGGGAAUCCUUGUUGGUCACCUGGCUUUCUUCUUAUUAUUUAAAUACCCACAGGAAUUGGGUGGACCCUCUCUGUUAACACCACCUGCAUUUUUAAAACAGAUUUUCCCUGAUACACGGUAUAUGGGAGGCUUUGGUACUGCUCCACAAGAGAGAGUGCCCACCAGGCCAGGAUCCACAGUCCUUGGGGGACAUAAUUGGGGCAGAGGACAUGCAUUGGGGGGCAACUGAGUGAUUAAGUUAGUGUUUGGAAAUAGACUGUGUUAUUUAAAAAAUAAUAAUAAAGUGUUUGAAUUUAAAUGAUUUUUCUUGCCUAUUCAGUGUAAUGUAAAUUUAUUUCUUAUUAGAGAUAGCCCCCUUUUGUUCAAAAAAAAAAGAAGAUAUUGUGUGUUAACAGACAGUAUUUUCUUUAUUAUAUUACCUGAGUAAAAGUAACAUAGUCUAUUUCCUUGAUAGAAUUUUGACAUGAAUUUCAUUUAGAGAGAAAGGAUUAUGCAAAUAUUUAGUCAACAAUAUUUUAAUGUAGUUUAUAAAGAUGUAUUUGUAUUAUAAUUUCUUUAAUAUUUUAGGUUAAUUGUAACUUUCUUUACGAUCUAAUACUUAACUAACAGCUAUCCAUUGUCACAUUUGGAACUAAAGAAAAGACGCAUGACGUUUGCAUUCGAGUAGUAUUCCUUUAGUAAACUAUAUAACGGGUUGGUAAUGCUAUGUUUUGAGUACCUUAUGUGUAAUUGUUGUGCACAAAAUGAAUCUAAGCACUUUCAUCCGCCUCUUUCUACCAAGUACUCUUCACAGUGUGAUGAAAAGAGACAACAUUGUGUUGCAUAAAAUCAGUGUGAUGAAUCGUGAAUGUGGAAGAACGGAAGUCUGACUGUCCCGCUCGAAGGUCUCAGUGGUUCGGUAUUUUUACCGGGAAACAGUAAUUAUAAAAUUUCUGCAUUUCUUAUAUUUUAGGUAUUUGGGGUUUGAAGCAUGCAGA